AUUUAGGCCACCACAAUGGUUGGGAGAGGAGCACCACGGGAACCAACUACGAAUGAGAUGUAUUUAUACCUUGGUUCCUUGAAAAAAGGGCUUCAACCUUCAAAAUAUAAAAAGUUUGUCAAUAUCAUGCAAGAUAUUACCUCCCGUGGUACAAGAGUUACUACUCCUAAUGACAUUAAAAGGGUAGAGGAAAUCUUGAAAGAUUACCCGAGGCUGCUUCUUGGUUUCAGUGUCUUAGUUCCCGACCGUGACAGACCCAUCCACUCUGCUGAGGCUAGCAAAGGGUUACGCCAAUUUAAAACCAUUCAAACAAUGGUUGGCAAAAGAAUAUCACCAUCACCAUCACCAGUGCCAACUAUGGAUGAUGCGCUUAUAUUCCUCGUUUCUGUGGAAGAAGCAUUUCAGUAUGAACCUGCAAAUUAUGACAAGUUUGUCAAGAUAAUGCUUUCAGCUCAGAGACUCCGUGAAGCUAGUGCCAUUGCGAAGGUAGAGAAACUCACGAGAGACCACCCGAAUCUUCUUAUGGGGUUCAGUGCCUUCCUUUCAGCUGAUUCUAAGAUCCCGAGGGUCACCAACAAAAGAAAACGUGCCGAGUCUGAUGGAGCGGUUUUUAUGAACAAGCCUAAGACAAGGUCACAGAGCCGUCGUGUUACCUGAUGCAGUAGCGCGC